GAGCGCCGAUCAACAGAUGGCGGGUUUGAAAAAGCUGCGCGGUUUGCGGCGAUCGAGCUGUAAAGCUCCCGAAAAGCUCCUCUGAUGGAUUCACAGGAUCUCUGCGACGUUAUUAGCGAGUGUUCCAUCGAUUCCGAUUCAAUCACUGACAAGCAUGACUACAAAGAAACUCGCAAAGGAACUGGGACUGCUGAGGCAGCGGAGUCAGUCGUCAAAGUCAAAGAAAGCUCUCGUGUCAAAUCAGCUCUUCUCAUAUCUGAUUGUCAUUGACUUUGAAUCCACAUGCUGGAGAGAAAAAAACAACCACAGCCAGGAGAUCAUUGAGUUUCCUGCUGUUCUGCUCAACACGUCCACGGGCGACAUCGAGUCUGAGUUUCACACGUACGUUCAACCUCAGGAGCAUCCAGUUCUGUCCGAGUUCUGCACCGAGCUGACUGGCAUCACGCAGACGCAGGUUGAAGCGGGGGUCCCCCUUCAGAUCUGUCUGUCACAGUUCAGCCGCUGGCUGCAGAAUCUGCAGCUAAAGAAGGGGGUGGUCUUCCCCAGCAAUCAGACACGACACUCAGAACCUUUACCUCCACAAAAACUGUGCGCUUUCCUCACCUGGUCAGACUGGGAUCUUGGAGUUUGCCUGCAGUAUGAAUGCAAACGCAAACAGCUUCACAAACCAGAUGUUCUCAACAGCUGGAUCGAUCUGAGAAGCACAUACAGGCUUUUUUACAGCAGGAAGCCUAAAGGCCUGAAUGGGGCACUUCAAGAUCUAGGAAUCCAGUUUUCUGGCAGAGAGCAUUCAGGUUUGGAUGACUCCCGCAACACAGCUCAACUCGCAGCACGGAUGAUGAGGGACGGCUGCAUAAUGAGAAUAACCAGGAGCCUGGACAGGAAUCCACGAGUGGGAAAACCUAAGUUUGGAAGAACUUCCCGUCCCCUCGACAACAAAGAAAAUCACACCAAUAAGAAACAAGACGCAUCAACAACAAGCAGAUCUUCAUCUUCAAAACCUCCACACAGCACCUCUCAAACACAGCCCUGCUCCGAAAACAACUCCAAGGAUUUGGACGUAAAGAAAAACCUCGUUUCCGCUCGACCCUCGCCUCCAGCGUAUCAAAGCCUGAUCUCACCGAAGAUGCUUCUGGGCGGCUGGACGGGACGUCGGUGGGGACAAAGCAGGACAUCGGCUGCAUCGGCCGCCGGCUCCACAACUCCACACGCAUUCAUGAUCAGCUCGGCUUCGACCAGCUCGCACAAUAACAACAGUCUUGUUCUGUGUUCUACGACCGUGAGCUGCUUUUCAAACCCGCCUCAACGGAACCGGACCGCAGAGACGGGGUUAACGUCUGGACCGAUGGAGGAGGAGGAGGGUGCAGAGUUCCUGGUGGAGACGGAGGAGCGGUGUGGCUCCUAUGACGAUGUGGUGCUGGGUGAGAUCGACUGCCGUAUGUCAGACUUCGAUAGUGGGUGUUACGAGUGUGUGGAGACGGAUGAUUUGCAGUCUCCAGUACAUCAGGACAAGGCAAAGGAAAAUCUGACAGAAACAGUUACCAGAGACUCAUUUGCAGGCUGUGGAUCUGCAAAGAAUAUCAAUCACCUGAAUGCAGUGAUGCAGCGUGCACACACCUCUGCUGUACCAAGAAGAAACACUGAGCUACCGCUGAAAGAAACGUGUUCUGGGCCCCGUAAGAGCUUCAGAACAAGCUCGUCCUCUUUUAUCAGACCGAAGCCUUUCGUCCUUGAGAAGACCUCCACACCGAGGGCCUCCUUCACCAGACCUGACCUGGUUAGCACCCAUAAAAACACUCUGAAGUCGCCUUUUACUGUUUAUACUGAGCAAACAAAGCAGGCUGCAGCCCCUCCACGAGGCUCCCUGCACACACCCGUCAGCGUCCUCUCCUCUCUGCCACCCAACACACACACACGCAACACACACUCCUCCUCCGGCCCGGCAGCUAGAGGAGUCCAAAGGGUCACCGCCCCGCUGUGCGAGUGUGGCCGCCGAGCGAAGCGGCAGCUCGUCUCCAACGGAGGCCCCAACCACGGCCGGGGGUUCUACUGCUGCCCCGUGCGCCGAUCGGGCGGCGGCAGGGCGGAGAAAGGGUGCCAGUUUUUCAAGUGGGAGUCGGCCGUGGCGAGGAGCAGCUCGGCUGGAGCGCCGCCUCCCAGAUCGUCUGUUUCUCUCUGUCAGAUCAACUCCGCUCUCUCCCUCCGACGAACCCACCGGCCUGCCAGGAAAAGCUGCUGAAUCCAUGCUAAAGAAUAAAUUCUUACACUUACUGUUACAGUCAGACACUUUAAAACCAUGUGAACAGAUGAAUCUACAGCAUCGACCCAGGCUGUUUAUCCUUCAACUGUUCACUGUUGUGUGCAGUAUUUGCAUGUCUAUAGUUUGUGUUUUUAUCAACUUUCUUGGUGUGACUUAUCAGGAAAGAGGCUUUUUAAAGGGAUUUGGAAGACAUGCCUCUCACACACCUUAGUUUGGGGAUGGUGUGUAUGACCUUUCUCCUUUUGGAAGUAAAUGAACAACCGAGACCUGUCAAACAGUUUGGCCUCAUUAGCUGCACGGCUCUGUGUUUGUGCCUCACUCCCUCACUGGUGGAGAGAAGUGCCAGGCUCAGUGUUCCAGGAGUUCAAGUUCACAUGAAUGAUAUAUUUCCAACAGUGAGUGAGUUUACAGUGUUGGACCUUUAGUGUAACUGUGGAAGUGUUUGAAAGA